GUCCUCCGAUCUGACUCUGGUCGUUGCUCUCCUCCUCCGGUGAUUCCAGCGCGCGCCACCGUUCCUCUCCGGCUCGCGGCGAGCAGAGAUAAAUGGCGGGUUCCGGGUACGCGCGCGCGCCGCCGCCCGCAGAGGGAGGCGCCGCCGCUCCCAGCACGGCCCUGUACGUGGCCAACUGCGGCCCGGCAGUGGGGCUGGCGCACGACGACAUCCGCGUGGCCUUCGGCGCCUUCGGGGAGGUCGCGGGGGUCCACGACGCCGACGGCAGCGGCGCCCGCGUCAUCGUCCGAUUCCGCGAGCCCAGCGCCGCGGAGGCCGCGAUGGCGGCGCUCCAUGGGCGCCCUUGUGCCAGCCUCGAGGACCGCGUGCUGCACAUACGGUACUCUGUGCCCGCCAAGCCGAAGGCACCGGUCGGCGGCUCGCUUCCGGUGGCCACCUCGGCGUCGGAGCUGGGCGUGCCGGGUAUUUACUUGGUUGAGGAUUUCGUAACGGCAGCGGAGGAACACGAAUUUCUUGCUGCUGUGGAUAGUAGACCGUGGAAAAAAUUGGCGAAAAGACGAGUUCAGCACUAUGGUUACGAGUUUAUGUAUGAAACAAGGAAUGUUGACUCAAAACAGUUCUUAGGUGAAUUGCCACCUUUUGUUUCGAAGAUACUUCAGAAGAUCAUCUCAUUUCCUGGUGCAACUAAAUGUACUAGCAAAAUGGUCGAUCAAUUGACAGUGAAUGAAUAUCCCUGUGGUGUAGGUUUGUCGCCACAUAUAGACACACACUCAGCAUUUGAAGAAAUGAUUUUUAGCCUUUCUUUGGCUGGACCAUGCAUUAUGGAGUUCAGAAAAUAUCCUGAAGGCAAUUGGCGUGCUCCAAGUAUGGCCAGUGGAACUGAUAAAGAUAGCCUUCAAGAACCACAAUGCAUCAGAAAAGCUGUUUUUUUACCUCCUCGAUCUAUGUUACUGAUGUCUGGAGAAGGUCGAUAUGCUUGGCAUCACUAUAUACCACACCAUAAAAUUGAUGAUGUGGGUGGUCAAGUCAUCAAAAGGAAUACACGACGUGUUUCCUUUACUUUUCGAAAGGUGAGGAUGGGUCUUUGCAACUGUGAAUAUAGGCAGUUUUGUGAUUCCCAGAGUAAGUAAGAUAGACCAAGCUGGGACCAAAGCUAGAACCAAGAACUUUAGCUGCUGCAGCACAACAAAACAAUCGUGCACCCACUAAGGGAAGUCAGCUGGAAUAGAUUUUUCAGAAAACCAAUGGAUAAAUUAUCACGGUACCGCAUCAUCAGCCUGCUGCCUGCAAAUUCUAUAGCUUGUAGACUAAUUUUUAUACUGACAUUCUCAAAUGGAGCAUUCAGUUUGUCAUCCUGCUGUCUGCUUUACACUAAUUUGUUGUAUUUCAUUUUUAUGACCCUCAGAUUGUUGAUUUUCUGGAAUUUGAUCCUAAUAUUCAGGGCGAUGGUAUUUUGAUGGAAUUUUUCAUUUCAAUUGGAGUGCUUUGGAACUUUGUUGUACAGUUCUGUCACUAGUUUCGUCGAGCUGUAAAAUUGAGGUGGG